UUCACGCGAACUUCGAAGCGUGUACAAACAACAUCAUGUCUUCCAAACUUAGAAUGAGUAACGGCGACUGGGUCUGCACUGAUAAGCGAUGCGGUAAUGUAAAUUUUGCCCGACGUACUUCCUGCAACCGUUGUGGAAAAGAAAAAGGGAACAUUGACAAAGUGAAGCUCACUGGGGCAGAAAUUGGGAAACAAGCUGCAGCAAAAAGUAGAGGACUGUUUAGUGCUGAUGACUGGAUGUGCUCCAAAUGUGGUAAUGUAAACUGGGCUCGAAGAAAUGAUUGUAACAUGUGUGGACAUCCUAAAUUUGCUAAAGCUGAAGUUAGGACAGGAUAUGGUGGUGGUUUUAAUGAACGUGAAGGGGUAGAGUAUAUUCAAAGAGAAGAUUCUGAUGAUGAAUUUGAUGAGUUUGGCAGAAGAAAGAAAGGAAAGCAGGGUGCUUCUCAAGCAGUUCUUCAACAGAAACCACCAACAGAAGAACUUAACAACAAAGAGGAGGAGGAGGAUGAUGAUGAUGAUGAUGAAGGAGGCGAUCUGUCAAAAUACAAUUUGGAUGAUGAGGAUGAUGAUGAUGAUGAUGAUGAAGAUGGUGACUUGUCCAAGUACCAACUUGAUGAUGAUUCAGAUAAUGAAAACAAGGAUAAGGGCCGGCGUUCUAGAUCCAAGUCGGGUUCUCCUCCCACUAAGAGAAAGCGACACAGUGGAAGUAGUGGUUCGUCUUCCUCCUCAUCAAGGUCUAGGUCGAGAAGCAUCUCUUCGCGGUCUCGUAGUCGCUCAAGGUCGCGUUCUAAGAGCUCCAGUUCAAGAUCAAGGUCUCGUUCGGUCUCAGGAUCUCCCAAACAAAGUCCAAGGGAGAGGAGGUUUGGUACUUGUGUUACAAUCGGGAUUGAAUGUCUUGCAUUUACUCAGUCAAAUUUCCACACAACUACCCAGUUUGAUCAAUGAACAUGACAUAGUUAGAGAGAUGGGUUGCAGACAUCUUUUUCCUCAUGGAUAUGCAAAGGAUAGGAAUGAGUGAUAUUGGAAUGUGAUAUGCAAAUUUUGUGAGAAGGGGAUGGGUUGUAAUAAAGAUGGCAGGCAGACUGACUGACUGUUAAAUAUGGUGGAUCAAUUUUUAAAUUCCAUCAUUCAGAAUUCUAACCCAUUGGCCAACCAAAUGAUGAAAUUUCUUCCUGCCCUCCCUUUUUUUAGUAUAACAAUUUUUGUUUUCAGUCUUCCUAUAAACUUUGAGUGAAAAAGUGGAUGGCCUUUAUGGUUAUAGCUGCUGAUGGUGGACAUAAACUUCUGUUUGACCCUAAUCUAAAUUUCACUUUCAUUUCUCUUAUCUCAUCCAGAUCUGACACUUGCCUCUAAGGUUUUUUCAUUCUUUUAGCCUUUCCCUUCAUUUUGCAUUCAACAUUUUUUUCCUCUGCAGAAAGUCCCAUUCCCGAUCCAGAUCAAGAUCUAGGUCCAAAUCUCAUUGAGAUGUGACCAGGAAAGAUAGAAACUGCUGUUGUAGGUCAAGUAAGUGAAAGGCCACAGAGAUAAUUCAUGCUAACUGUGGAGGUCUCAACUUAGAUGGUUCAUUUCACUAAAUGGAUUAGUAUGUGAUUAGUACACAAGCAUGGAGUCUUGUUUGUGGCAUCAAAGGCAAUAGUAUUUUUCUUACAUGAGGAAGUGCUCUUAAGCAGAGAUAUUUUUAGACAUGGAUGGCAACUGAACAAAGACUACAACUGCCUGUAAUGCAUUUUGAAAUCAGUCAUUAAACUGCAAUGUCUUACCAAAAAUAUUUUGGUUUUAUCAACUAAGUUGAAAUUGUAAAUUAGCCACG